CACAGAGAGACAUAAAGAGAAACAGACAGACAGAACAAGAGCUGGAGGGGGUUUAUUAUACGAACACACGCGUAUAUACAUUCACCCUGAGUGCUGGGGAACGGAUCACGGCUGCUCACUCUCAAAGCUCGAGAACGAAAUACUUUCCUUAAUUCGUUUUUUUCCCCCCUAAUUGACCGGAGAUGGCCUCGAGCGGGACCAUUUUGCCGUCCAUUUCAACUUUUUCCGCGCAGAAAGAAAAAUGCUGGGAAAACAGAUGGAAGGAUGACUUGGAAAGGUCCAUGCUGCCCAGCUGCUUGGCUGAUCUGUCUCAGAGCAUGGAUGCAUUUGUUAGAGGCGAUGACGAAGAACUUGACAAGUACCUGGACCUGGAGUUUAUUCUGGCCAACACGGCAGGUUCAGAGAGCCUCUCGGCACAAGGCAUGAGCGUGCCAAGCGAUUACAGGAUGCAGGAGUGCAGAAACGUGUACACAUCAGCUCCUUCUACGGUGUAUCCUGUGCCCGACCUGAACGCCUCUCCGCCACCUUAUGGCAUCAGCCUGAUGGCCGAACUCCUGCGUCCAGAGGUGGAUACGUACUGCCCACCUCCUCCAUCUCAUCCUCAUCCCCCUCCCAACAGCAACAGCAUUGUUCAGGGAAGAUUCCUGGUCCGAUCAGCAUUCUCCAAUCAGGACAUCGCAGAGCACAUAAAAGUGGAGCCACGUAUGGAUGGUUACGGACCUGUAGUGGGCAUGGUGCCCAAAAUUAAACGAGAGAGCGACAGUUCUUGCAUGAGAGCUUACGAACAGCCUCUGCUUGCUCAUUCACCACAGGGUUCAGGGAGCAUGACGCCUCCUCUGAGCCCAACUGAGAUGAACGCACUUAACACGGACGCUCAGAGCCAGCUGUGCCACUCGGUGGCGUAUUCACAGAGCUAUGCAUGUCAUGCUCCGACUCACAUACAGCUCCCGUAUCAAAGCGCAGCACCUCGCUACGACACCAUGGCAGUGCAAAACGCUGGGCAGAGGGUUCUCCUUACACCACCGUCAUCCCCGUUAGAGCUGGAAGCCAAACCAAAGAGGGGGAGGCGCACGUGGCCAAGGAAGAGAACAGCAACUCAUACCUGCACUUACGCCGGAUGUGGCAAAACUUACACCAAGAGCUCACACCUGAAAGCACACCAAAGGACACACACAGGUGAAAAGCCGUAUCACUGCAGUUGGGAAGGUUGCGGUUGGAAGUUUGCUCGCUCUGAUGAGUUGACUCGCCAUUUCCGUAAGCACACUGGCCACCGACCAUUCCAGUGUCAUCUCUGCGAGCGUGCCUUCUCCAGGUCCGACCAUCUCGCUCUGCACAUGAAGCGCCACAUGUAAAAACCCGGACUGAGUCUGGACUAAUUCGCAGUUAUCCUGUGACCAUCAAGAUGUUCUUCUCUUAUUGCAUCUGUUCUGUUUGUGUUACUUUAGACAGCAGAGUUUCACAAUUCAAGUUGUUCAAGAAACUUAAAUCUAAUCUAUAGACUGGACGUUGUGCUGAAUGCUAUGCAAAAAUUUUUUCUCAUGAUGUAGCUGGUACUACUUUUUAAAAAAUAUUAGCAAAAAAAACAACAAAAAAAAAAACACAGAACCACUUGUAAGAAUGAGUAGGCCGGACCUGCACAACUCUGACGCAACUGGAAUCAGUCGAAACAUGAUAGAAACAUGAUGUGCCUCCCACAUCACGAUUGUGCCUUUUAUUAUUAUAUUUUGAAAUAAAUUACAUCUUGACUAUACAUCUCAAGUGCCAUAAAAAUUCUUAUGUGUAAAAAAUGAAAUAAGCUUUUAGACAAUGUUUUUAUUUUUUAAAACUGCCACGCAAGCCUUGUGCAAACUGAAUGUUCUGGACAAUAUAUUUGUAUAUUAACCUUUAAAUCAGGGUCAUUUAAAAAAAUAUUUGUUUUUUAUUUUAAUGGCUUUUAAAUAUUUUUUAAUUGUAUUACAAACUGUCCCCAUGUUCAGCAUGACAUGACAAGGGCUACAAUUUUGAACUGUUUUGGGACAAAGUCUUUUGACUUGUACAUAAUUUAUGUGAUGUAAAUAGUGUAUUUACUGUACAUAUUAAACUUAACUGAGAUUCUA